UUUCCAGUAGUAUCUGUUGUAGGCAAAAACUGAAGAAUUCUUCCUUGAUAAUCAUAUUUUCAACAUCUAAAUAUCGAACACACAAAGUUACUUGUUCGCUUCCACUAAUGUCGGCCGUUUCAUCAUUAUUGAUAUGGCAAGUGAAAAAAAUAUUUUUGGUCAAACAAAUGAAUCAAGCUUACAUAAGGUCAUACGCAGAGUUGAAGAAAUAUGGAAUCGUCGUUUCAUGCAUUCCAAUUGUGUUUUAAAUAAUACAAAUAAAGGACAAAUAUCAAAAAAGUCAACUAAAGAUGGAAGAAUUAUCUCAAUUAUUAAUAAAAAUAUUUAUCCUAUAAAAAAUUCCAUUAUUCCAAAAAAACGCACGUAUCGAAAAACGAAUAAAAAUGAUAAAAUUAUUCCAGAAAAAUUGAAUAUGAUGCAGCAAAGAGAAUUCGGAACACUUUUUCAGAAUGAAAAAUCUGAAAAAUAUAAAAAUGAAAUUUUAAAUUCAACAGAAAAAAAAAAUAUAGCAAUUUCAAAAGACAAUCCGCUAUUAAUAUCAGCUGAUUUGUUAGUAAAGAGUUUUCAUAAGAAAAAUUUGGAACGCAAAACAUCCGAAAUAAAAAAACAACUUUUUGAGAUAUCUUCUAAUACUACUGCUCGACCAAAUUUAAAAAGAAAUUCAUCCGAAGAAGAUGAAAAAGUCAUAAAAAAGCCAAAAGUUAGUUCUAAUCCUUUGACCUUAAAUACGCCGAAUGACGUAAAUUUACUUGCUCUGUCCACUAUUGAAGUAAUAAAAGUACCAGAGAAAGAAAAAGAAGUAAUGCAAGAUCAGAACACAAAAUCUCUUGAUCAGUAUAAUGCACCUUCAUUUAAAUCGCCCACAUCAUGGUAUACUUCAGACACAAUUAAUGAGUACAUUAAAAUGAUAGUAAAACGGUCAGAAGGUGAAGUUUAUGCAGUUGUCACUGAUUUUAUUGUAGCGUAUCUUCGAGGAGGUUAUCCAGCUGUAAGAAGAUGGAUAAAAAAAGAUAUUCACACAAUAAAAUUACUUUUUGUGCCCAUGAAUGUAUAUGAGAGUCAUUGGAUAUUGACAGUGGUUAAUAUACCUGAAAAGACUGUGACAUCAUAUGAUAGUCUUAAGUCGUAUAAGGGUCCCUAUCCAAUGGUAUUAAAAAAUUUCUUAAUUGAAUGGGAGAUGGACAAAAAAGGAAAAGCUUCUACAUGGACAUNAAAAAAAGGAAAAGCUUCUACGUGGACAUUACAAAUAGGCGAGACAUCUCGCCAAACCAAUGGACAUGAUUGUGGGCCAUUUACUGUUGAGCUAGCAGAAAAAAUGUCUCGAGGAGAUACAACACCAAUAAAUUUCUUGUUAUGUGAAUAUACAAAUAUUAUAAUAGACAGUUAUGGAUACAAUUAA